AUAUAUAUAUAUAUAUAUAUAUAUAUAUAUAUAUGCUGCAAUAUCAGGGUUUGAUGAGCGCAAGACAUACGUUGAUCUGUACUUUUUACAUUUUACUCUUGAGAUGAACACAAGCAAAAAUAAAAUGACUGGUGAAAAGCUUCUCAACGCUACAAGUUAUGAAUAUAUAUAUUUUAAAGGAGUGCUUUUCCAAUCAUCUCAUUUCUAUUCCAUCUGUCUGCUGGCCACAACUUCAAUGAACUACCCUCAAAUAGAAAAUCAAAUGAUAUCGAGUUCAAAUAUAUAAAGGCUUUGUGGUUCUGGAAUGUUCCGGUGAAAUGGAUGGGUGGUGGACCCACCCUGGGGCAAAGACAAGAUCAGAGGGAAAGAGGGGAAGCUUAUGCAGGUCUCCCACCCACUGGGGAGGCUAUGACGUAGGUGAUAUUGUAUGAAAAAGAUAAAUUGUGUCUGAACAUUGGAUGGACCAAACACAACCUCCAUACCAGCAGGUGUAAAGGUAAGCCAUUUACUUUAUUCUCCCACUGCCGUGAAAUGUUCAUGUUUGCAUUGAGUUACAUGUUAGUGUACGUGUGUAAGCACACAUUUCUGUGUGAUGGUCCAUUUGAAGUCUUUAGGGUGUGGAAGCACACAUUUAUACAUUCUGUGUGAUGGUCCAUUUGAAGUCUCGAUGGUUUGAUUGACAGUUUUACAUUUACAUACGCAUUUGACAUUUUUUUUUUUUUUGACAUAUUCGGUUUUGAAGAAUAAUUUUCAUUUUUUCUUUUUUGCUUAACAGCAUUUUGCUCACAAAAUAUCUGAUUAGUUGAUAUUAUUGUAUUACUUUUUUUAUUCAUUUACAUCAAUAAACAGAAUAGGAGAGGGUUGAAAGGCUGAUUUCUGAUGCUUUUGAUAACUUAAAUUCUCUUUGAAGUGUGUGUGUGAGUGUGCAUGUGCUGUGUGCAUGGUCCUUGUAAACUCUACAAUGCAUUAUGUAUGCACAAGAAUGGCAAUACAAUGAUGGGACUUUUUUCCAGUAAGGUAAAAAGCUUAUCAUACUGAAUUAUGUGGUUUUGACAAUGUGUGUGUCUGAGCUCACGAGUAUGCAGAUGAAUGUCACUGAAACGUGUGAUCUCCUAAAUGAGUCUUCUUAUAAAUACCCAUGAUUCAGAAAACAACCAUUUGUACCGGUUUCUAAUUACAUUUCUUUCUUACAGAAACUAACUUUGGUUCAAAACGCAUUCAAAAUGAUGCUACUUGUGAUGCUCAUUUUGAUGAUGUCAGUGGCGAUUCAAGACACAUACUCUUCUUCAGAGCAUUUUCAAUACUUAAAAGAUGAAACUCCUGAAGAAGCAUCAUUCCGGGUUCUCAGGAGAACUGAUCCUCGUCCCACAGCUGGAUCUCCUUCUCCCAAGCUCUCAAUGCACUUCUCUAUGGGUGCAGAUCCUCAGCGGAGCACGUGGUGGUUGUCUCCAGAAAAGCCUUACACAAAAAGAAGGCAGCCUGUUGCAUACUACAACCUCAAUUCCUUUGGUCUCCGCUAUGGGAAGAGAGAACAGAACAUGCUUGCCGGAUUUAAACAGAAGAUUCAUGUAAAGUGAGGUCCAGUAGACCCUUUUUUUCAGUUGUACUGUAUAUUGUUCUAGUGUUCUUUGUGACCCUUUAAUCAUCGGUAUGUGAUUGAAUGUACUGAUGGAUUAAUAUGUGAACUGAACAUCUAAGACAGCA